AUGGAGAGAAAAUAUGUUAAUCGAGGUAUUUUAUCUGUGGCAGGAGCCAUGUUAAUAGAACUCUCUCUUGGUACUCUAUAUAUCUUUGGUAAUUAUACACCAUAUUUUACAUCAUACUUGCGUAACGAUACCUCAGAUGAGCAGCAUCUAUCAUACGGCGCCACGUCAUGGGUAGCUAUGGCGGGAACAGGAGUUGCUUGUCUAACAGGACCAUUGUUUGGUCUACUUGAAAGAGUUUUAAAUUAUAGAGCAUUAUUGAUACUGUCGUGUUUUGUAUAUAGUAAUAUGACCCUUUCUAUUCCAAGUGGUGGUAUAUUGAGUACGUACUACACUGUACAAUAUUCUCUGGCAACCAUGAUUGUAACGUUUGGAAUUUGUACUGGAAUUGGUAAAAUUGUUGCGUACCCUGCAGCACUAAAGUGUGCAAUGGAAUGGUUUCCAGAAAGAAGUGGGUUAAUCAGUGGUCUUGUGUUGGCUGGAUAUGGUCUGAGUUCAUUUAUAUUCAACUGGGUAAUAACUCUCAUAAUUAAUCCAAACAACCUUACCCCAGACAUACAGGUAGGCAAUAGCAAGUUUUUCUCCCAAAAAUCUGUGUUGGAUAAAGUACCAGAAAGUUUUUUGAUACUAGGAGCUGUUCUAGUAGGUCUGCAAGUUAUUGGUAUUUUAUUGAUCUCUGAUUCUAAACAGUAUAAAAAGAAAUCAAAGCAAGACGUUAUCAUUAACACAGAUGAAGAUGUGUCUCGUUAUGGCUCUAUCAACGCCGAAGUUGUAAUCGACAAUGACGAUGAUGGUAACUCGGACAGCUCUGUGAAUAAGAACAAUACUGAAGAAAUUGGAAGGGCAGCUCCAAGAGAUUAUGCCAUCAAAGAAGCUUUUACAUCUAGUGGUUUUUAUAUAUUAUGGUGUAUGAUGCUGCCUUUUGAACUUAGUGUAGCUAUCAUUGCUUUGUGUUAUAAGACAUACGGACAGACCUUUAUCAGAGAUGAUCAUUUUUUAGCAAUGGUGGGAUCAUUAAGUGCCAUAUUUAAUGCAGGUGGAAGAUUAUUUUGGGGGUCCUUGGGAGAUAAACUAGGACAUAAGUUAACAAUGUGUCUCAUAACAGCAUCUUUUAGUGUUUUUAUAUCAACUUUAGUUAUGAUGUCAGAAUACGGUGGAAAGUAUAUAUUCCUUAUAUGGAUAUGCUUAGUGUAUUUUUCCUUUUCUGGAAUAUUUUCAAUAUUGCCUGUUAUUGUACUGAAACUGUAUGGAGCGAAAAAUUAUCUAACAAUUUACAACGCAGUUAGAAGUUCAGGGGCUGUAUCAAGUGUGGGAACCUCAUUAUUAGUGACAUGGUUGGAACCAGUUUCGGGUUGGGCUGAUAUAUUCUUGCUAACUAGUGGCCUUACUUCUUUUGGUUUUUGUAUGUCUGUUCUGUUGGAUAUAAUAACGACAAAACAUCAUUUACGAGACAAAUAA